AUGGAGCUAACAGACGGCGCAAUCAAAAACCCUCAGUCAGAUCUUAACCUUCAGCCAGCUAAAGAACGGUGGUGUGUGGAGCAAGAUAAGGCUAUAAGACAAUGUCUUUACUGGCCUGAUGGCACAAUCAAGAGGCGUACAACAUCAGCUAUAACUGAGAAAUCCGAAAUGCGUCAAUUUGUUCAAGCUUUAGUGGACAAGUAUAAUGAGGAUUAUAAUCUUUUGGAGGAUCUUGCACACGAACUCAAAGACGUUUUACACUACCAGUCAAUUUGUGAGAACCUGACUUUGUACUAUCAUCUCAAUUUCACUACAAAGAUUAAAGGGGGUGGUCCUAAUGAAUGUAGUAUGGACAAUCUUUUCUUUGUGGAAGUGAAAUGUCGCUGCUAUGGUUGCACCAGAGAUGGAGAUGUUGGUAUGAAGCACCCUAACAGUUCUGAUGGAUACAGUGCUGGUCACUUGAAUGUGGGUUUGCCAUUUGGAUACUUUGCAAAGUGGAAGAGGGAUUAUGAGGAUGAGGAUAAAUAUGUGAAAGCUAGGGAAGCUGAGCUAAGGGAGAUGUUCAAGGGCUUUGAUACAACCCCACCAACUACAGCUAUACCACCACCCAUUCCAUCACUUGAAGUUAAGCCAGCAAUUCAUAAAUUUUAUACAAGAAGGGAUCGCAAUGUGCUGAAGAUAAAGAACCUUGGUGUUGAAGAUAAAGAUAUUUGA